AGAGAUGGCCUUCCCUCUCCUUCCUCCCUUUAUCCUCUCUCCCGGCUCUCCAGCGUCAACCAAAAUCGCUCAUUCUCAUUCCUAUAACCCACCACUCUCUCUCUCGAACUCCACCGCACACGAGCCCCGCUGGCCGCCCACCCAUGAAGAAGCUGACGUUGCCGGAACCCGACGUCAAGGCGCAGCAGCAGUUCCUGGGCGGUUCCAUGGCCGCCGACUGUUGGUUCGACGAUGCGUGCAUCCUCGACAUGGACUACUUCGUCAAGACGGUCACGGCCAUCAAGGCCAAGGGCGUCCGCCCCGACCUCGUUGGCUCCAUCAUCUCCCACUAUGCCUCCAAGUGGCUCCCCGAGCUCGCUGAGGACUUCCCUGAGAAGGGCGGUGCUGCCGUCCUCGCCGAGUUCGAGGGCUCCCCUGAGAGCGCCACGGCAUCGUGGAUGAAGAAGCGGUUCUUCGUUGAGACCCUUGUCGCCAUCCUUCCCCAGCGGAACUCCAUCCCGUGCAACUUCUUGCUGCGCCUCUUGCGCACGGCCAACAUGGUCGGUGCCGAGGCGAGUUACAGGUUAGAGCUAGAGACGAGGGUGUCAUGGCAAUUGGAGCAGGCCUCGCUGAAGGAGCUCAUGAUACCGUCGUUCAGCCACACGUGCGGUACGCUGCUCGACAUCGAGCUCAUCCUGAGGCUGGUCGAGAGAUUCGUGAGCUUGGAGUUCGAAGGCGGCAGCGGCAUCAAGAGCGGGACCGCGCUGAUCAAAGUGGCCAAGCUCGUGGACUGUUACUUGGCUGAAGCCGCGGUCGAUUCGAACCUGAGCGUCGCCGAGUUCAUGGCCCUCGCCAGCGUCCUUCCCAGCCAGGCGCGGUCGUCCGACGAUGGUUUGUACAGGGCCAUCGACACCUAUCUCAAGGCACAUCCGAACGCGUCGAAGCAAGAGAGGAAGAGGCUGUGCGGGCUCAUGGACAGCCGAAAGCUCUCGCCGGAGGCCUCCCUCCAUGCGGCCCAGAACGAGCGCCUGCCCGUGCGAUCCGUGAUCCAGGUCCUCUUCUCGGAGCAGACCAAGCUGAACCGCCACGUCGACUGGAGCGGCUCCUUCAGUAGCGCCCGGAGCCCGAACACGGCCGGGCUCGAGCCCCCGGCGCGGUGCCUCUCGAAGCGCGAGGCGGGCGCGCAGCAGGGGGAGGUGCGGAAACUGAGGGAGGAGGUGGCGAGGCUACAGAGCCAGUGCAGCAGCAUGCAGGCGCAGAUCGACAGGAUGCUGGAGAAGAAGAGCAAGGGCUUCUUCAGGUGGAAGAAGAUAGGCCUGGUGCCGAGUUCGGCCAAGAACAGCGUCGGCGUGGCGGAGAGGGUCGACGAAAGUGACCAAGUCGAAGCUAGCUUCGGGACCUUCACGCCUGUCAACAUGAAGACCAGGCUUGUCAAAGGCAGGACGCCUCCCAAGUGGAGGAAAUCCAUGUCCUAGAUCAGUAAAACUCACGCUUUUGCAUAUGAUCAUUACUUUCUCACAACUUUCGGCGGCUGCUCUGUUGGUCGAAAAGAAAAUUUUACACAGGCGAUUUAGCUUACAAACGCGCGAGAACUGUACUUAGAAUUCAAUCCGAUGACUUAACCCGACAAUACUAUAGGUAUGUCAUUCAUUCUGUUAGAAUAAUGUCGGUGCUUGUGUAUGUUCUUUUCAAAUCAACAGCAGAUCGAAUAAAAUGCCCAUUUUAGGUUCGAGCUA